CGGAGAUGUGACGUCAGAUGUCAACACCACGCAAACGUCUCCGCCGCCGCCAAUCAGCGCCGACUCGAGCAGACUCUUGUAAAGAUGGCGACGGGGAGACACAGAGGAGUGAAAGCUGGACGCUUUGCCGCUGUUAAACUCCGCUGCUCCGGACACCGUGAGAACUGACACGGUGGCGGGAGCGACGGCUAAUCGACCCAUUUGUCCGCCGUAGUACGCCGUUCGGUGCUGUGUGCUGUUCCCGAGGGUCUGGCUGCUUUUGUUUUCGGUCAGUCGUUGCAUUGGAGACACAGCUCCAUUAGCUUCAAGUUGGGAAGCCAAUGCUAGCCCACGGCUAGCUGUGUUUAGCCCCAUCGGCUGCUGGGGUCUCUCUGCACGGCAAACCGUGGGGAUUGAUUUGGCUGAGUGGUGUGAACUGCGUGUACUUAAAGUUUGAAUUUCCACGGAAACAGCACCCAUGACUCAGUCGGAUUAAAACUACUUCAGGAGGAAUACGAGGGCACCGACGACCUGGCAUUGCGACACUGUUUGGAGUGAGUUUGCCGUCAUGUAUUUUCUAACCGGCUGGCCCCGGAGGCUGCUUUGUCCGCUGAGGAGUGAAGAGGAGCCCUUUCACAUCCAGCCAAGCUCCCAGAGGUUUUACUUCGCCGUGCUGUCAGAGACGCAGCUCAGCAUCUGGUUUAGUCGGCCCAGUGUUUUGAUAGUCAGCUAUAUCGAGUCUGCGAAGGCAGCGGCCCAGUUCGGCUUCUACCAGAAGGCAGAAUGGAAACCAGACGACUCCAUGAUAGCUGUAGCAACUGCCAAAGGCUACAUCCUCUUGUUUGAUGUGCUGGGUGGAGGAGAUGACAAGUACCUUUAUGAGCCUGUCUAUCCAAGAGGAAGUACUCGUGUGAAAGUGACCCCGGGUUAUAAGGAGGAGCAAUGUGCCCCCGCUCUGUCUUUAGAGAUGAAGAAGCCUGUGGAUCUGGAGGCCCCCAUCACCAGUCUGCAGUCCCUCCAGGAGGACUUAUUGGUAUGUACCGCAGACGGCUACCUCCAUGUACUGCACUGGGACGGGCUAGGCAGCAACGGACGCAAGGCCAUCUGCCUCACUACCAUCCCCUUCUCGCUAGACCUGCAGUCUGCUCGAGGUGGUCCCUCCCUGGACUUGGAGGGAGUGUAUAUCCGUUGCAUGGAGUAUUGCCUGACCCUGGAUGGCUUUGCUGUGGUACUGAGUGACGGACGGCUGGGCUUCAUCACACCACUCAGCAACACCAUCACUGCAGAUCAGCUGCAGGGCGUCUGGGCAGCAGAUGUGACUGAUGGCACCUGCGUGGCUGUCAACAACAAGUACAGACUGAUGGCGUUUGGCUGUGCCAGCGGCUCAGUACUGGUGUACAUGAUAGACACCACGACAGGAUCCAUGCAGCUCUCACACAAGCUGGAGCUCACCCCAAAACACUACCCAGACACCUAUAACAAGACGGGCCCAGUCAAGCUGAUCUGCUGGUCACCUGACUACAGCGUUGCCAUGGUUACGUGGGAGCGUGGCGGCCUAUCGCUGUGGAGUGUAUUUGGAGCUCACCUCAUCUGCACUCUGGGAGAGGAUUUUGCGUAUCGUUCUGAUGGUACCAAGAAGGACCCCAUUAAAAUCAGCUCUAUGAGUUGGGGAGCAGAGGGGUACCACCUGUGGGUGCUCCCUAACAAACAGGAGAGGAGAAGGCAGGAGGAGCAACAGCAACAGCAGCAUCAGCAGCAGCAGGAGGAGGGGGUGGUAGAGGAGGAGGAGGAGGAGAUGGUCACACCUCCUCCCUCCUCCCUGCAGGCCGGCAUACUGCAGUUCCACUUCAUCAAGAGUGCCCUCACAGUCAACCCCUGCACGAGUAACCAGGAGCAGGUGUUGCUCCACGGCGAAGACCGCCUCUACCUGACCUGCGGUGACCCCACGCAGGUCAACAACACCUCUGACACACACCCGCACACACACUUACACCCACAUGACGGCAGCCCGCUGCACCAUUCCCCCAACCCCGACUCCUCUCUCUCUCAGGGACUCAGCACUUUACUGGGACACAAGCACUGGCACGUGGUCCAGAUUCACAGCACAUACCUAGAGAGCAACUGGCCUAUACGGUUUGCAGCCAUAGACACGGCAGGCCAGUGCAUGGCUGUAGCAGGGAGGCGAGGCUUUGCACACUACUCCUUAUUCACAAGGAAAUGGAAGCUGUUUGGAAAUAUCACUCAGGAGCAGAACAUGACGGUGACCGGAGGUCUGGCUUGGUGGAACGACUUUGUGGUGGUGGCCUGUUAUAAUUUUAUAGACCAGCAAGAGCAGUUGAGACUCUAUCAACGCUCGACCAACCUGGACAAUGCCUUUGCGUCUGUCACCAAGCUGCACUCAGACACUCUGCUGCUCAACGUCUUCAGAGACAUGGUCAUCCUGUUCAGAGCCGACUGCUCCAUCUGCCUCUAUAGCAUAGAAAGGAGGAACGACAGUCCACACCCGACAGCCAGCGUGGAGUUAUUGCAGGAGGUGUCAAUGUCCCGCUACAUCCCUCACCCUGCCCUUGUGGUUUCUGUCACGCUCACCUCUGUGCGCACAGAGACCGGCAUCACAUUGAAAGCCCCGCAGCAGGCCUGCAUGGCAGAGAGCAUCAUGUUGAAUCUGGCUGGCCAGCUGAUCAUGCUGCAGAGGGACCGCUCAGGCCCGCAGGUACGAGAGAAGGAGACGCCGGCCAACAGCAAGAAGCUGCUACCAUUUUGUCCUCCGGUGGUGCUGGCCCAGUGUGUGGAGAACGUGUGGACCACCUGUCGCUCCAAUAAGAAGAAGCGACACCUGCUGGAGGCCCUGUGGUUGUCCUGCGGUGAGGCAGGCAUGAAAGUCUGGCUGCCACUGUUCCCCCGAGACCACCGCAAGCCCCAUUCCUUCCUCUCCAGACGCAUCAUGCUGCCCUUCCACAUCAACAUCUACCCUCUGGCUGUGCUGUUUGAGGACGCCCUUGUAUUGGGGGCAACCAAUGAGACUGUGCUCUAUGAUGGGCUGCAGGGAUCCUCUGAGCCGCUGGAGGCGCUGUUUCCCUACUGCACCGUAGAGAGGACCUCCCAGAUCUACCUCCACCACAUCCUGAGGCAGCUACUGGUUCGCAACCUGGGUGAACAGGCUCUGAUGCUGGCUCAGUCAUGUGCCUCCCUCCCCUACUUCCCCCACGUCAUGGAGCUGAUGGUGCACGUCGUGCUGGAAGAAGAGGCGACAUCGCGGGAACCCAUCCCCGACCCUCUGCUUCCCACCGUGGCCAAGUUUAUCACCGAGUUCCCCCUCUUCCUCCAGACCAUCGUCCACUGUGCCAGGAAGACGGAGUACGCCCUGUGGAACUACCUGUUCGCCGCCGUGGGAAACCCCAAAGAUCUGUUCGAGGAGUGUCUCAUGGCUCAAGACCUGGACACAGCAGCCUCCUAUCUGAUUAUACUGCAGAACAUGGAGGUUCCAGCAGUGAGCAGACAGCACGCCACUCUACUCUUCAACACGGCGCUUGAGCAGGGCAAGUGGGACCUCUGCCGGCACAUGAUCCGAUUCCUCAAAGCCAUCGGCUCUGGAGAGAUGGAGACUCCGCCCCCAACGCCCACCACUCAGGAACCAAGCUCGACCGGGGGGUUUGAGUUCUUCAGAAAUCGAAGCAUCAGUUUGUCGCAGUCUGCAGACUCCAUCGCCACGGGCAAGUUCAACCUGCAGAAGACCUUCAGUAUGCCCUCCGGACCCUCUGUUAAAGGUCGGGACGUGGAGUGUGCAGAGAACAUGUACAUCGAUAUGAUGCUCUGGCGUCACGCCCGCCACCUCCUGGAGCAGGUGCGCCUCCGCGACCUGGGAUGCUUCUCCGCACAGCUGGGCUUCGAACUCAUCGGCUGGUUGUGCCGCGAACGAAACCGCGUGGCCCGCAUCGAAGACUUUGUCUCGGCUUUGAAGAGGCUGCAUAAGGAUUUCCUGUGGCCCUUCCCUGUUAUUCCCGUGGGAAGCCUUAGCUCACCCCUGAAGAACGGACGCUGUCGCACAGUGCUGAGCACACGCCUGCUGAAGUCCCAGUCAGCUGACAGCCUGUUGAACAGUGACAUGGACACAGCGCCCCCUCAGGCGGCUCCCACCAAUCACACCUGGCUGGACGGGCUCGGACAAAGAGCCAAAGACAUAGACACGGCCUCGUCUGCUCACUCCAACCAACACUCACCACAGACACACGAUGCAUUCCUGUCCCUGCUCACCAACAAAGUGGAAGAGUACAGCGUCGGCUCGGCCACAGACUUGACAGAGACCAGCUCGGUGGUGGACGGCGAUUGGACGAUGGUUGACGAGAACUCCUCCACUCUGAGCCUGAGCCAGGCCGAGUUAGAGCACAUCUCCAUGGAGCUGGCCAACAAAGGCCCGCACAAGUCACAGGUGCAGCUCAGGUAUCUCCUUCAUGUGUUCACGGAGGCGGGCUGUCUGGAGUGGUGUGUAGUGAUUGGUUUGAUCCUGCGGGACGCCAACGUCAUAAAGCAGGUGAUCGGCUUCCUGGACAGCCCAGAGGUUCCUCAAGAAACUGUGCAGAGUGUCCGAAGCGGCUUGUUGGCUGUCGACACAUGGGCCUCCACUGACUGCCUUGGGUACAAACCAUUUCUCAACCUGAUCCAGCCGCAGCUGCAGCUGCUGAUGGAUUCGGCAAUAGGCGAGCAGGUGCAGCCCGAGGCCUUUCAGCCCAUCAGCCAGAGCUCCAAGCUCGGCGGCUCCGAGGGGCUGGGAGGCGCCGCGGUGCCGCGGGCGGAGGACAGUAGAGGAGUAGCGGCUCCGCUGGGCCUCGCCCUACCCUCUCUGGAACCCACAGGAGGUUUCUCCCGUCCCCCCUCUGAGGACUGUCCUCCCGAACAGACAGAGGAGCAGGGGGACGAGGAGGGAGCCUACGACUGCACCUUGUCCUGAAACCAGGAGCCUCCUCUGGAUUCUAACCUGUGAACUUUGGACUCUGGUGGGAGAGAGAGGAGGAAGCAGUAGUAGCAGCAGUGGCUUGAAAAACUUUGUGUGUGUGCGUGUUUGUGAGUGUGUGUGGGUGAGUGUGUGUGAGGGUGUGUGUGUGUGUGUGUGCACAGAAAGUACCUCUCCUGCAGGUUCUUACUUCAGUCAGUAUUAUCCACUCUGAGAUUUGCCCUUUUGUGUCGACUAGAAACCCCUGUGGAUACCGACAGAGCGACAGAGUGUGCCCGACUGGCACAAAGACAUCACAGCACAACCAGAGCCAGGGUUCAGUCUGACGGUAAACAGCCUCACCUGUGUCAGUCAGUACGUUUCUACAUCAGGUUGUGGUAUUUGGAAGCUGUAGACCAGCACAGGAAAGCACCAGGCUUUUUGUUUUAAUUCCAAGACAGAUGUUUUGUGUGUGUAGCUUUUCUUUGUGCAACUGGAGACUUUCUUCUUCCUUUUUUUUUUUUUUCCCCCUCACUGUCCAGACAAAAAGCUCCAUUGUUUCCUUUUUGGUUUAACGCAGUGCAAGUAUCAGUUCAAAGGCAAAAAAAAAAAACACCUGCGGGCAGCAUCACGCUACGUCGCUUAAAAGCAAAAAUGUAGAACAAAGCUCUCGAUGCGCACACGAGUGUGCGUCCGAGCCGACGAGUAAGUAAAUGUGCAGGUCUGUUUGUGUGCACAAGAGGUGUUUCAUACUUUCAUACCUCAUAUGAUUUUAAAAUAUUUUGUGAUACCUUUUUUUCAAUAAUGUAACAGUGUACAAGAUAACAUUAUUUUUCUAUCACCUCGUCCCUCCUGAGUGUCCCUCGCUCAUAGUAUGAAUUCUGUGUAAUUCUUGAGAAGUUACAACUUUAAAGAUUUCUAAGAAAGUGAUCUCUCUGAGAAGAAUCCACUGUUGCGAGUGCAGACUAGUUUCUUACCACUGAUCAGUACCUCUGCUCAUGUAUUGUUCACCCCCCUCCCUCUCAGUCCCAGUCCCAGGCCCAAAAGUGUCCGAGGGGAGCCAGAAUCAGCCGUGCGCUCUCCUCACAUGAAGAUUUCAGACAUCAGUGAGCAGAUUUAAGGCUGCAGUGCGAGCCAAGCGAAGGGUUUCGGGCAAAACAAGAGGCUGUAAAAACCAAAUCAUGUGAUGCUUUAUUCAGCUUUUUAAAGUCUCCACUUUGAGAGAUUCAAAAUGUGUUUCCCCCACCACCACCAUCAUCAUCAUCAUCAGUAGCCAGGCAGAUCCAUAAUAAUGUGUCAUUAAAGCCAUCCUGCUCUGUAGAUUUUCGUACCUAUCCCCUUGUUGAACGAGCAUUAAUCCACUCCCUCGUCCAGUAGUGUUAACCGUGACGCGUCAGUAUCGUUUUUAAAUAGUGAGGAUGAGAUUUCAUCGGCGGCUGCUUCUCCUGCUGUUGUUGUUGUGUAACGUGACCCUCGUCACCUGAAAAAGGACUUGUAUAUUUCGUCCGGCUCAACAUAUCACAUCCCCUGAACAGCUUGAGACAAUGAUGACGGAUUUCACCCACGUGCGUUUUUGUGUGCUCCUGCGUGGAUUUCUGAGCGCGUGUACCGCAUUGUAUUGACAUGUUUUGGUGACUUCCAUCACAUGCAAUUUGUUUUUAAUUGUAUUAGUCCUCAUUAUCACUAUUAUUUAUUGACAUUAUAGCUGAGUGGUGAUUAAUGAAUUGAUGCUCGGUUUGUUUUUAUGACUGACAACAAACCCCCCCCCUUCCCCACAAGUAGUUAAUCAAAGUCGUGUAUUGGCUCUCAAACCACAAGCACUAAAAAAAAGUUCAUCACAGAUAUGUCAGUAUUAUAUUGUGCAAUGUAUUGAAAUGUUACUCAGCUUUAUCUUUUAUGUUCUCUAGCUGCUUUAUUUUUUUUUUUACACCCCCCCCUAGCUGUUUGCUUUUACUUUUCUAGACCAAAUCAUAUUUUAUAGAUUAAUUCUCGCUCUCGUCGGCGUGUACAAGAUGAGUUAGGUGUGGUUAUCUGUUGUAAGAUUCUUUCAACGGUUUCUGUUUUUAUGAAUUGCCUGUCACGAAAAAAAAGGGCAAAAAUGACACUCUACGUCACUCUCCACACAAACCCUGUUGCACCCUCCGCUCUGAACAAGCCUACAGCUACACUACGCUGCUGCGCUGUAAGCUUUACUUGACUUGAAAACGGUAACGUGAUGAACCAAAGACUUUACGUCCAGAGGCCUUCUGUUUUAAACCGGUUGUUUCGAUUUGAGCACUUGACUCAUUAUUAUGCAGAGAGGGAAGAAAACAACAACACACACACACAAACACACACACAGUCCCCAUCCCUCUCAUCAGAAAUAUAACCGUUGAUGCUUCAAACUAAUGCUGACGGGCAUACGAGACAAUUUCCUACGGAAAUGAAUAUUGCAGAUCUUUUCUGGUUUCCCUUCUCUGCGGGCGAGGAGUGGUCGGUCAGGUGUGUCAGCACUCCCUCCCUCCUGUGUACAGUUGUAAAAGUAUUGCCUGUUGUCCUGACUCAGAGUAAAAAGUUUUAUUUCUGGGGACGGGAGCAGCAAAACAUCCUCAAUGCAGUGUAAAGAUACUCUCUUGUACAUUUGCCUUUUCUACUCAUGUUUGGUUUUCUACUUCAUUUUUUCCUUGUACAUAAAGACCAAUAAAUUAUUUUUAAAAAUG